AUGCAUACAGUGCUCACCGUUUUCUCCGCGCUUUCUAUCUUACUUCUCGUCCUAAUCCUUCCUGGCCAAAUCAAGUCUCAUAGUAUACCGGCCGUGACUGUCUUAUGCUGGCUCUUCCUCUGUAGCAACAUUCACUUGGCCAACUCGCUUAUCUGGGCGAACAGCACCGAAGUUCAGGCGGCAGUUUGGUGCGAUAUAUCGACUAAGGUGUUGCUUGGAGCCAUGGUCGCGGUUCCCGGCGCUUUCUUCUGCACUUCAAGACAACUUGAAGUCCUCACGUCGACGUUCGACCAUACCAAGAUGCCUUCACUUCGCAGGAAACUUCUAGUCGAAGUUCUCAUGUGCAUAGCUGUGCCUAUCUUGUAUAUCAGUCUUCACACGAUUGUUCAAUUUCGUCGCUUCAGCAUCCUGCAAGACUUUGGCUGCCAAGCAGCCGUUCACGAUUCUCUUCCUAGCUUGAUGCUUGUCUGGUUACCACCUUUUGUCAUUUCCGCAUGUGCUCUUCUGUACUCUGUUUCUGCGGUCUUCAACGUCGCGAAGAGCCAUUACAACUCAUCUACCUACUUCCCUUCUGCGCCGGAGAUGUCGCUCUCCCUCUUCACACGCCGUCUCGCGUUCUGCACGCUCGGAAUGGCCUACACAGCCGCCGUAUAUGCCACUGCUCUGUCAUGGGAGUCUUCCAACACGCUUCCGUUGACAAGCGUAGCCCAGGUGCACGCGGAUUUCUCGCAUAUCGAAAUCAUCCCUGCGGACUCCCAGCUAUCUCUGCAGAGCCAGCUCAUCUGGUGGAAUGUACCCAUCUGGUCUAUCCUGCUCUGCGUCAUGUCGGCUUUCGGGGAGGAGACGCGGAAGGGCUAUCGUUCUCUGUGGAAGGCGAUGGCCAACCCGCGCUCGGAGAAGACUUUGCCCGUCCAUGCACAGCGCCCUACGAUCACCAUCCCGCGGACCUCGACUUCACAGAAGUACCUCUCCCCGUGGGACGCCACGAUCAAGUCGAACAAGACUCUGAAGCUGAAGGGCUCUCAGGCUUUGUCUGCCAUCACCUCUCCUGUGUCCGCCAUCUCUUCGGCCUCGGAUGACAAGGACGACGAAUCGCUCUCGUUCACGCACUCCACGUUGAACUACCUCGAGACCAACGCUGCUCGUCAGCUCAGCCUCGCCUCGCCACCGUCUGUCACCGUUUCGCACUACAAGCGCUUCACCACUCCAGAGCCACCCGUCCCCGUCGAGGACAUCCUCCCGUUGCCCGUGCGCCCGCCGCGUCCGGACGACACAAUGACGCUACCCGGAUCGCGCACGAGCUCGAUCCUCUCUGCCUCUGCGUGGCCCCAGCCGCCUCCCUCGCCGCCGAUGAUGCAUCCGUAUGCGUACUCUGCUGCACAUAUACCAUCGCCGACGCCGAUGGGGGUUCGCGCAACGUCGCCUAUACCGGGAGACUCACCGUUCGCGGCGUUAGCCGCCCCUGCGCCCGUGGCUGUGUCCACGUUGCCGUCGGCGAGGCGUAAGCCCAGCUUGCGCUCGCUCAAGAGCAAGGCGCGGGUCGACAGCCCAUUCCAGAUGUCGGUGCUCCAGGAGACUGUCGUUCACGAUGUGUGA